CUUGAAUCGUAAAUACACGAUAGGAUGGAAAGAAGAAACGAGGCUUUUCAGAAACUCAAACCAAUAUGCAUCGCUCUCAGUCAAUCAACAUUAGCAUUUGCAGGCAACCAUAAAAAUGUCGACAGCAUCAUUCAAUCUCUUGAAAGAUUAUCAAGAAUCCUGGAAGAAAUUGCGACUCGACCAGACACCUUUGAUCACAAGUUAGCCGAUUAUGUCUUCUUUCCCAUCUCACAGGUUCUCAAAGCCAGCCGGGAUCUUCCUGUGCAGGCCAUGGAAGCAUGUUUGCGAUGUCUCUCCGUUCUCAUCUCCAAAGGCUGGUCGGGCAAGAUCGAUCCGAACCUGAGUGGCCAACUAUUGAUCUUCUUGACUCUCACUUGCGACACAUCUGGAAAGACGGUGCCUACAGGGCUUGCCACAGACGAGCUUCGCGCGGCUGGGUUCAAUUGCAUGCAAGCACUCUUCGAUUCUUUGAGAACGACUUCUGCGGGAAAGUCCUCUCUGGUCGCGACCGCGAAUGUUCCUUCUCUAGGACAUGCUGUCUCAGUGGUCCUCGAAGGUGUUGUCAGUGGAGAAUCAUUCCAGGUUCAACUAGCAGCAGCAGAAGCUUUACAGGCCCUGGUGGCUUGCAUAGAUGAUCUUGAAGUACUGUCAAGCUUCUUACCGGGUAUCGUUUCCUCAUGGACCAUGGCACUCACACCUGCUACCAAGGGCCGUCGACACUGGAGAGUCCUUGUGGCCGGCUUAUACACUGUCGAGUCGCUUCUGCGAUCACUUCUCAAUGAUAGCGUGGUCGAUCAGUUGUCUUCAGCAGAAAGGAAGACAGUUGUCAAGGAUCAUAAACCAACAAAGCUGGACAGUAGCUGGGUGAAAGCCACGGCAGCGCAAUUGAAAGUCGCAAUAGCGAACAUCAAUAGGCUACGCACACACGAACGCCCAGAAGUACAAGAAGCUGCUCUUGACUUCAAUCUAACAUUGCUCUCCGAAUGCAGCCAUGCGUUGGAAGAAUCCUGCGCUUUGGCAGCAGAAACAAUCUUGCUUCUGAUACAGGGAGAUUCGAAUGCAUCCUACAGGGACAAGAUUGCGAAUCUGGCACAGAACAACACCAAGAUCUCAGAACUUCUGUCGACGGCAUUUCGUAACGAACAACUCUCGCUGGUACGAAUAAUGCAAUCAAAUGAUGAUCAAGCGAAAGAGCGAUCGCUCGGAAAGCUCUUUGGCGCAUAUACAAUACUCGCUGGCACUGAGGUCGACAUGUCGAUCAUCUCAAGGAUGUUGGGCACUGGUCUGAAGGACAGUGUGACGACAGUCUUACAACAUUCGGUUGACCAAAAAGCAAAGACCUCCAGAGUCACACCGGUCACUAUUUCAGACAUGACCUUACAAACAAGUCAAAAGUCGUUGAUCUUCACAUCACCACUGGCAGAGUAUAAGACUCAGGAGGUUAUGUUGGACCAUGUUGGUCAGAUGCUCAAGAAGCUUAAAGCAGCUCAACCAUCGUUGGGACUUGCCUCAGACCUCAUGCCAGCUUUGAGAACGUCGGAGAAGACCACCCAAGUCGCCACUUUCUGGCUGAUACUCCAGGACCUCCAAAACACCAACGACCAAGUUGAUGGCUUUAUGAACGAUAUGCUCGUCGGCGGACUCUACUCGAAGGAUCAAUCUGUGUCACUGAGAGAACAACUGUACUCGUUCUCCUUAGAAGUGCUAGAGGACGACGACACAGUGGACUGGAGACUCAAGAGUCUUGCUCUUGAAGCCGUCGCGUUACACGCACAGCGAUAUGGCGUUGAGUUCAAAGACGAGCUUGUGGAAGCUCUCUACCCUAUUCUUCACCACCUCGGAUCGGAGUCAGGGUAUGUGCGAAACCACGCAAUGACAUGUCUGAACAUUGUGGCGGAUUCAUGUGGUUACGCAGAUGCCGGCGAGCUCAUUGUGUCGAACGUUGACUACCUCGUCAAUGCUGUAGCUUUGAAGCUCAACGCAUUCGAUGUCUCACCACAAGGACCUCAAGUUUUGCUCAUGAUGGUGAGGCUGGCUGGACCAUCACUCUUGCCUUAUCUGGAAGACACACUCGAGAGUAUCUUUGCAGCGCUGGAAGACUAUCACGGAUACACAACUCUGGUCGAGCUUCUGUUUGCAGUUCUUCGAACGAUGGCCGAAGAAGGAGUCAAGUCUCCUAUGUUGUCCAUCACGAAUGGACAAGAGGCACCAAAGAAAGACACAAGCCGCUGGAAGCCAGCAGAUCUCGCUGAGCUUGUCGGGAUCAUCAAAGGACUUUCUCGCAAACCAGUCGAUGUCUUAGAUCCUCCGACAAGCCUGCUUGACCCCGGAGACGAUGCUACUCCAGAAGACCAACUCGAGGAACCAGAAGAACCCUCAGAAUCCACACCCCCAGCGCCAAAAACCUACAACCUCCUCCUGAAAAUCACCCAACUGACCCAACACUACCUCUCCUCCUCCUCCCCCGCCCUUCGCACUUCCCUCUUCUCUCUCAUCCGCACGACCAUCCCCGCCCUCGCCAAACACGAAAACUCCUUUUUACCUCUGGUAAAUACGCUCUGGCCAGAAGUAACGUCCCGCCUCUUCGACUCCGAAGCAUUCAUCGUAGCCGGUUCUCUCAACAUCAUCGCUACAAUGUGCGAACAUGCAGGCACAUUUAUGCGUACGAGAAUUGACUCGCUGUGGCCUGAAUUACUAUCUCUGCAUCGCAAACUGAGCAGAGAAAUCACAUCAGGGAUGUCGAAAUCUCAACAGCAAAAACAACAAGAACAACAACAGAAUACACAAGCUUUGAUAACAAGGAACCUGGAACUAGGUUAUGUGGACACGUCAACCAAACAACUAUGGCAUAGUCUUGAGGAUUUGCUGGUUGUGAUUGUCAAGGAUGUUGAAGUUGACGCUGAGAAAUUCGAUGAUGUGCUUAGGAUGUUGGCGCCGAUUGCUGGGUUGGAUGAGGGAAAGAGAAGUGUGCUAGAGGAGUUUAAUGGGGAUGCGGUGUGGUUGGCUGAGUUUAGGACCAAGCCGAGGGAGUUGAAUGUGCCGAAUAGUUCGAGGUUUGCUUUUGCUCAGGCUGUUUAGGUGGAGAUAGGUGCUCAAGAAGCAGAAUAGAACAGUGCCUUGAUACAGAUGCGAGGAAGACACGAGUGAAUGUGAUGCGUAGACGAUAAAUGAAGGAGCGGUUUGGCCU